AGCCAAUAGACGGUACGUACUUUGGAGAUUGUACCUGCCUACCUGAGAUUUCGACGUAGGAAAAGCCAGAAGUUUAGAACUUUAGAACUCUAGAUUCAGAAACGCCAACAACCAAAUUAUUGCUGAUUACACCGAAGCCUCCUUGAAUCAACAAACAACCUUCUCACGGUGAUCAGCCACCGCUCCGGAUAUUAUUCCGCUUGACCUUCAACAUAUUUACGUGGCUACAGCAGAGAGAAUACCCUAGAAUAAAACUUGCCGCAUCUGCUGAGGAUUCGGACCCGUCGCCAAUUUCCCACCUUGGAGAGGGGCACCGACGGCGAACUUGGCUUCGCCAAACAAAGCACCGCUACUCAUCCAGCCAAUAGACCUCCGUGCAAUCUGCUUUCUGGCAUUGAACCUACCCAUAGGACGAAGUGACUUUUGAUAUCGAGCUAUUUGACGUGGAGUUUCUCCUGGUAGUAGAUCGCACAUGACUCCGUCGACUAUAUUCGCGUCAUAAAUCACCUCCCUUUAGAUACCCUUUCGGACACCUAGGUAGGAUGCCUGCGAAAAACAACAACCGACAACCAGCCGCACAGGCUCCUACGCCGGCUGCUCCCAAGGCUACCGCUAAAUACACGAACAAGGACGGAACAAAGUACAUUUCCGUUCCCAAAUCCUCGGCGUCUACCCCCCCUGCCCAGCCGUCUCCGACAACCACGUCAUCCUCAAGAGGAGGUGCCCCGACUAACCCCCCGCCCGUCGUCGAUGUGCCUCCCGCGCAGCCCGUAAACCGCAAGAAACAGAAACGGCGAGCGAAAGCUGCUGCUAAGGCUGCUGCCGAGCAAGCUGAAGCAGCCGCCAACGGACUCCCCAGUCCAGCCUCCACAAGCAGCGCGGCGCUACCUGCUAUACCCGAGUCGCAGAGGAACGAUGUGCAUGAUUCCCACAAUGCUUUGCUAAACGAUGUCCACCUAUCUCAUAAUCAUACCCACAAUGGCGAAGAUUGGGGAGAGGAAACAGAGAGCGAUGAUGGCCACGAUGAUCUCAACCAAAGCAUGAACGGAUCCAUGCAAAAAUCCAAGAAGUCCAAGAAAAAGAAGAAGAAGGCAUUAGGUGAAGAGACGAUCCAUGCCAACCACUCCGGUAUAUCCAAAGAGAAAAUAUGGAACACGUCUGGCCCAGAAGAGCGUGAACGAAUAAAGCAAUUCUGGUUAGGUUUGGGCGAAGACGAACGUAAAUCUUUAGUGAAGGUGGAGAAAGAUGCUGUUCUCAAGAAGAUGAAGGAGCAACAGAAACACACAUGUAGUUGCACCGUCUGUGGGCGCAAGCGAACAGCGAUUGAGGAAGAAUUGGAAGGUCUUUACGAUGCUUAUUAUCAAGAGCUAGAAUCAUUUGCGAAUCAGCCUCAUAACCACCCGAAUGCGCCGCCUAUGUUUUCGCCUAAAAGGUUUGGACCCAUGACUGGUCUACAUCCUCCUGGGGCCCUACCGACCCGAUACCCGAGCCAUCCUCAAUCUCACAGCCGCAUUGUAGAGCAUGUGGACGACGGCGAGGAUGACGAGGAUGAUUUGGAGGAGGGGUAUAGCGACGUCGAGGGUUUGGACGAUGAGGAGGACGAAGACGAACCAGAGGAGAUACCUCGCGACCCGUAUCCCAAUGAUUUCUUCAAUUUCGGCCAAAGUCUCACGGUCAAAGGCGGUAUUCUUACUGUAGCAGACGAUCUACUCAAAAAUGAUGGCAAGAAAUUCAUUGAGAUGAUGGAACAGCUAGCCGAGAGGAGAAUGGCCCGCGAGGAGGACUCCAAGGAACACUAUGCCGGAAGUUAUGGUCACAGCGUUAAUGGCGCCUCUAUACCUAAUCCUCAUAACCACCCUCCUCCAGAAGAUGACGACUUCGAGGAAGACGAAGAGGAAGAGGAGGACUAUGACACCCAGGACGAGGAUUACGAGGAGGAAGAGGAUACCAUGACAGAAGAGCAGCGCAUGGAAGAGGGCCGUCGAAUGUUUCAGAUAUUUGCUGCGCGCAUGUUCGAGCAAAGAGUCUUGACGGCAUACCGAGAGAAAGUCGCCAGAGAACGACAGGAGAAACUCCUCGAAGAGCUCGAACAGGAAGAGACACAGAAGUCUCAACAAAAGGCCAAGAAGGCAAAGGAAGCUCAGAAGCGAAAAGACAAGGCGGCCCAAAAGAAGCAACAGCAGCUUGAGGAAAAGGCUAAGCGGGAUGCUGCCAAAGCGGCAGAGGAUGCGGCCCGCUUACAAGAGGAGGCUAGAAAACUCGAGGAAGCCAGAAUCAAGGCUGAAGAAAAGCGCAAGAAGAGGGACGCGCAGAAGAAGGCCGAGGAAGAGGAACGGGUGAAAAAGGAGCAGGAACGACAGCGACGCGCUCAAGAGCAAAAGGAUAAGCAACUGGAGCUGGAGCGAAAAGCCCGUGAAGCGAAAGAGCGUGAGAAAAAGGUCAAGGAUGAGCAACGACGCAAAGAACAAGAGGCGCGCGAACAGAAGGAACGCGAGACUCGAGAAAGGAGAGAGAAGCAUGAGAAAGAUAAGCGGGAUAAGGAAUUGAGAGCGGCUCAGGCUAAGGCGGAACGGGAUGCCAAGGAAAAAUCAAAGCAGGAAGAAAAGGAAAAAGCGACAGCUAAGGUCGCGACUCCUGUUGCACCUAUUCCGACGCAACCGGCAAAGAAGCAGCAUCCAAUCUCGAUUCCCGCAAUUCCUCAUCAACAUCCGACUAAUCAUCCGUCUCCUCAGAUCGCCGUUGCGACACCUGCUCUACCUAAGGCUCCGACGCCCAUAAAACCUCGGUCCACUUCUCAAGAAGUAACAAGAUCGGUUUCACAGGCUUCCCAUUCCGCUUCUGUUCCCAGCCAAAAUGCGUCGCCGCACACGUUGACUCCGUUGCAUACUAGUCCCGGUCCUAUAGGUCCCCCGAGGAAGACGUCUAACGGACCAAUCGGUGGAGGACCCCCGACCAUUCAGCCGGCAUCUCCUCUGCAUGCAGGCGUUAAGAGUCCACCUGGUUCGCAUCAGACGCCGUUCAACAUGGGGCUGCCAAUGGGAAUACAGUAUCCACCUGGAAUCCUGCCGCCACAAUUUCCUCCAGGCUUCAAUCGGAUGGAUCCUAUGUACCCACCACCCCCUGUAAACUUUCGCCCCAUGGGGAUGCCAGCACCGCCGGGUUUUUCUGCGCCUAGUCCUAUGGGUGGCCGGGCCUUCCCAAUGCCACCACAUGCGCCGCCUGGAUUUCAUCAACCCUCAGAACAGCCUCUUCCCGGUAUGCAUCAUCAAGGCUUCUCUCCAGAGAGUGCCUCAGGACAGCCUUCAUCGCAUUCGCGCCAAGCGUCCGCCUCAUUUGAUGCGAAUCCCCUGCCGGGCGGCCCCUCUCAGCCGAUCAGCAGACCAGCGCCUAUUGGUAGACCUGGAAGCGUUGUUCAUGGGCAAAGGAGCCAUGACCUAUCCGCCGAUAUCGACGAUGUAAGUAAUCAUCUCGGCAGCAGUGCUUUGCUCGAUGAUACAGACGAACCUUUUGGUGGCGUCGGCUCUAACCGCCGAGGUACUGCCCCCCCUGGGGCUCGGCCUCCGUUUCCAAGUGCGCCUUUCAUAGACCCUUUCGUCGGCUCGCCAUUGAACACGUGGGGCCAUUCGAGUGUGUUUUCCCCGCCUCCCGGAUUUGCUAACCCAGCGUGGCCCCCGAACCCCACGUUCGCUCCAGCUCCCGGCAUGCGCACCUCCCAGCCUCGAUCCGUUUCCAUUCGUCAGAUGCUCGUGAGCUCGUGCAAGGAUUUGGAAACCCACGCCGCAGAUCCAGACGGAUAUAUAGACUUACCUGCUAUCAAGGCCCAUGUUAGCUCCCUUAGUCUACCAGGACAAGAACCGGUUUCUGAAGCGGAGUUGUUGGACAUGUGUGAGACCGAAGGCAACCCCCAGAACGGAGGUGGAAGUUUCGAUAUCCGACGCGACAAUGAUGGUAACGUCACUGCUGUCCGGUUCGACGCUGAUGGAGGGUCAGCUCCGGCCCCGUUCACCCGAAGUGUGGGAGCACCUGGUGCCGGCGGAAUUGGUAGCCCGGUCGUAAGUACCAGCUCGCCUAAUCACGCCGCCCCAAUCCCGAGAGCUUAGGGGCCCUCUAAGGUUUACUCCUAUACUGGGCAGUAAUUGCUGGGUUUCGCUGGCCACUAGCAGAAGGGAGGAAACGUUCGACGUAGAGGUUAGGAUCAUCUUGGGAUUACUCUUUGCUCUGCGCGUAAAAGUCGGGGGUGAGUCCGCACUUCUUCGCCAGAGUUGUUUUUUUCUCAUGUACCUUUUUUUGUUGGAGUCACUGAGCCGUCGAUGGGUGAGCACUCGACAGGCCACCACCACCACUUGUAACCUACUCUACUAGUCUUCUAGCUCGGCUACACAUCUUUCUUCCCCCCCUUUUUGGGGGGUUAGCCGUCGAGUCAUUCUACUACAUCACACCCUAUGCCUAUGUCUUUAGGACAUGCGCGCACGAGAGAGAGGUGAGGCGGGGAAAAGGGAUGUGUAUUCUCCUCUUCACUGCUCUCGUAAACAAAUCAGACACACACCCUGAGUUUAGGACCGUUUGAGCAAAGGUCAUUAUUAUGAAUGGGAAAUCCUCGUUGAGCAUCCGUAAU